CGUGACUGCAGUUCUGAGGGGGGCGUGGUCACCAACAUCAGAACUACCCACCAGCCCACCAACCCACCAACCCAGUUCUGGUCUCUGCUCUCUGUGACUGAAGGACGUUACCGAUGGUACUGUCGGGUAGUUUUAUGGUUCACUUCGGGAGUGUCGGGUCCUCUUUCGCUCUGUGGACUCUGAUUGUGUGUCUGAGUUCUGCAGUGUGGACCUCCAGUGAAGGUCAGCCUCGUGUGGUCGGGUCUCUUCAGCCAAUCGUUGCCUUUCUGGGCAAUGACGUCAUCCUGCCGUGCCGCCUGCAGCCUUCGUUAAACCUGGAGGGGCUGACGGUGGAGUGGUCGAAGCCCGACCUGAAGCCCGACCCCUCAGAUCGGCUCAGUCGGGUGGACUAUGUGCACCUUUACAGGGACCGUCGGGAAGACAUGGACAUGAAGCUCCAGUCGUACAUCGGAAGGACAGAGCUCUCCAAGGACGGCCUGAAGAGCGGAGACAUCUCGCUCAAGAUCCUGAACGUGACGCUGGAGGACGGAGGGAGAUACAGAUGUUUCAUCCCGAAGUUAAAGGGCCCAGUGAAGGAAUCAGUUGUUACACUUGUUGUAGAACCAAACUCUGUUCAAACGACGACAGAGACACCGCCGGAUCCCAGAGAUCUACAAACUCCAGAUCCAAACAAUGAGACGAACGUUAGAGCUGGUCGUUCCCAUCUGGGCACUCUGAUCGUUGUGGUUGUCUGCGUCUUACUGGUCCUGGGUGGUGGAGUCGGUGGAUAUUUACUUAAACACAAGAAACAACAGAAACUUCUGAAGUAUGACGAUGCCCCAAACAAACCAGUCUAGGUGCACAUUGGUAGUUGAUGUUAAUGGAGGUGAGAGUGUUUCCCUCUCUUGGAUCUGUCUCAUCAGUUCAGGGAUUCAAACCAGCAGCAGGUCCAGUUGCAAGUGAACCAGCUGGUUCAGCAGCAGUGAGACCUUCAGAUCUUGGAUCCUGGAGGAAGUUGGCCCUGUUGGAGAAAAGUCGACUUUACUGACUGAUGGAGUAUCUUCUGGUAACCUUUGGUUUGGACUUUAAAAAGUACAGCCUGCAGAAGAACUGUGACAGAACUGUAAAUCAUCUUGUGGGCUCCUGUCCAAUGACAUGGUAGCUACAAGUUAUAGUUUUUUGUAAUUUUUGCACCUCGUCACUCAUUUUCAGCUCUUUGAGUGAGCAACCAGAGACAGUACUUCACCUUGGACCUCAAAGCGACUGAAAAGCUCGUCCUGUCCCGAUCACACGGAAUUGAAGUUUAAUUCUGGUAUUCUGUAUCCGGCAGAACUUGUUUAACAGUUUAACCGUCCUCUUCCUGCAUGUUACAAGACAUAAAUGGGAAAUGUGACUUACAGUUGAUUCCCCACCUGUUUAGACUGAUCUGAAUCAGUUAAUGGUGUUAAAACUGUGUGAUUCAACAGACAGCAGUGUCUUUGUUUUUUGAUGACAUUUAAUUUAUAUUAUGUAAGUUAGGAUGAUAACUGAUUUGUGGUCACCUUUAUUCACUAUGACUGUGAGAAACAUUCAGAAUACAAGCUGAGGUUGUCUGGCACAUUCAGAGCUGAAUUUUCUCUUUUAUAAAAACUCUACUCAGCAUCACUGUCCUGUACCGUUAAUCUGUGAAAGUCAGAAACUCAGACUGUUUUCAGCUUUGUGAAGAUGCUAUUUACAGAUAAUCCAAGAGGGUUUUUAAAUGAAUAUUUAGCUUAAAAAGUGGGGGAAUUUAUCUCAGCACAUAAAGGAACACUUCUUCCUUCAGUUUAUCGCAAACAUUCAACAUCAACACAUCUUCAGAUACUGCUCACUGUGUACAUUACUUUAUAUUGUUAGUGUCAUUUCUACAACACUAGAGUGAGCCACACAACAGGACACAGUGUCAACAUCAGCUGUUCAGAAUAAAUAUAUUCUAAAUAAAUAAGUAAAACUGAAACAUCAUCAACAAUAAAGCAGAACACACAAACAGGGAGGGGAAUAUAUAUCAGGUGAGAUGAUUAUCUGACAGUAAGAGGUAAACUGUUAGAAAGUUUUAGGUCGGUCUUCAUUAUGAAGUGGAGCUCAGGGAACUUGCAGUGACCCUGGUCAGCUGACCUGAGAGACUUUAAGAUCCAAUAUGGACGCAGUCAUUCAGAAAUGUGCUCAGGGGCUCCACCAUGUAGAGCCUGAUAUAUAAUAAUGGUAAUAAGUCAACUGUUGUAUUCUAAACUCUACUGGCAGACAAUAUAAGGUUUCUAUCUACUGUAAUAUCAACUGAGAACAGAGGGGAGUGUAUAAACUGAUAGAUAAUGCUUCAGUGAGACUAUAUUAGAAGAGACUUUAGCUCAACAUCAGACAGAGGUUGGCUGAGAGACAGACAGACCGGAUGUUUGUUGCUCAACAUGGCAGCUUGAACUUGAUCUUAUCAUUUAUGACUGAAAGAGAAAAUAUUUGGAAGCUGAUUUGAUCAAGAUGAGUUCUCUAUCCUCUCUCCACUCCCUUACAUAUUCCAUAUGUACGGGGAAUGAGGCCAAUAAACUAAAGCAACAAACUUUGUGUGUAUUCGCAAGGCUAGUAUUUUUUCCUGUAGCUGGCCAUAAACCGGGAAGUGAGUUUCCAGAUUGCUGCCGGUCCCCAGUUUCUGUCCCCCCUGACAGUUGUAGUUUAUCUAGUAUGGAGAGCCAACAGGGACAUUCUUGUGGGGGGUGUGGUAUUUCUGUGCCAUGUGGUCAUGACAGAUGUAUGCUGUGUCUCAGGACAUCAGCAUCAGGGACUUGGAUAAAGUCCUAAGUGCACUUCAGCAACCCGCCCUUGAGCUUUGGGGGUGCUGAUUUGAAGUGGCUUUCCCUUAAAAUGCAUUCCUGGUAGCCAUAACUUCCACCAGGGAGGAUAAGUGAACUCCAAGCCCCGUCAGCUCACAGUGACUGCUGUAGGUUGUCGCCAGAUGGGUGGAGCAUCGUGCAACCCAGCUUUCCUGCCUAAGGUUCUGUCUGAGGUCCACCUAUCUCAGUCGGUAGACUGAUCAGAACCGAACUCCUUAAAACAUUGUGGUUUUGGAUAAAAAACCAAAGGAGCAAACAGAUACACAAUCUUGUUUGUGUAUGAAAGCAAAUUAUUAUCUACGGUUCAAUACAAAAUAACUUUUUUGUUUUUGCAUUCAGUCUGAAUAAGACGUAAAAUAAUGUAAAUAAUCCACACAUACUGAUGUUAAUGGACAAACAACUUUACACAGCUCUGUCUUCAAACUCCAUUUAACUUCUUUCAUAUUUUAACAUUCAGACGAAGAGUACGUUCAGGUGUCUGAUAUGGACACUGCAGAACACACAGCAGCAGAUAUAGAGAAAUAUAUUCUGAUUUAAUCACAAAUGCAGAUUGUUGAACUCAGAAACAUUAUUGUAGCACAUUAAUAAAGCACUGAAUAAGAAUAGUGACCAUAACAGAUCAAUAGAAUGAUUUCAGUUUGUUAACACAUUCUUUUAAAAAAUUAAUAUAAAUUCAAUUGACAGGAUUUAACACCAAAUGGGGCGGCCAGGCACCCGGCCCUGAGUACGGAGCCCUGCAGGGGUCAUAAAAGAUGAAUAAUAAUGUGGAAAUGUGUGCAGACGGAUUAAAGGAAGGGAGUGGUGAACAGUGGGUGGUUGUUGGCAUUAAAGGCUGCUUUCUGUGGGACCUGCAGACAAAACUAUCAUAACUAUCUGUGACUAUUGACUUUAAGGCUGUUGCAGACAGAUCACACCCACACCCACAUCAUGAAGUUGAAUCCAUCUGCGCUGUUUACCAGCCCCUUCCCAUGUUUUAUUGAUCAGUACGGCAGCCUGUGAGGCACCAUCAGGACACAAGAACAACAAGAAAAUGUAUUUUUCAAAAACUUUAUCCAUCUGCUGAUCUGUUGGUUCUGCAGGACACAUUUAACAGACAGCCUGAAAGUUACAUAAACGCACUUCUGACACACAUUUUUCCACCGAUGUCACUAAGACCACAAAACAAUAGUCUGCUCUGUUUAAAUUGAACAGUGAUGAAGGAUAUUUAACAUUUCAGACACAGUUACGUAGGUGGAGACACACCCAGUCCCGUCUGGAUCAACUAGACCUGUUCUUUUUGUUAUCUUUAGCUUUUUAUGGGGAUUGUUGCGGCCUUAAAUGUCUGAUUCUACAGCAGCCGUCCUAGAAAAUGUUUGUAGGCGACUUGUUUCCGGUGAGAUUAAAACCGGCUGUUUGGAGGGUUAAUGUGAGACACUGGCCAUCGUACAUGUCUCUAUCUCCAACACUAGGAACAAGCACGUGAGAAUUAUUGGUUGCAUUUGCAGGAAAGUUGCGGUGAUUGGACAACAUUGCAGAAUAUCCAGAGAUUGAAUUUGCAUUAACUGUUUAUGUUUGUAUGUGUGUGUUUAUAUCUUUAUUUGUUUGUCUGUGAAGCACUUUGUGACUGUAACAUAGUGCUGUAUAAAUAAAGCUUUACGUACUUA